UCAUAAACUGGUUCUUCAGAGGAGAGUGGAGGAGAUAAGGGGCCAGGAGAACUACAGUACACUGUGUUUUUAAAACAAAGUUAAAGAGGCAUGGUAAAACAGAAUCAUGCCCAUUAAUCACACCAGCUGACAACAAGCUGUUCAAUCAUUUGCUGCACAACUGCAUCUUUGUAGCUUUCCUGGAUCUUUACAGUUCUCAUGUUUCACGGCACAGAAUCAGAUGACAAAUUUGAAGUGGACCGCUGCAUUUGUCCUGUUACUGCUGGACUGAGUUUUACUCUUACUUGCUUUGUUUUUAACCUGGAUAAAGAAUGAAGAUUCUUCACCUCCUCAUAUUUUGUCAUGUCUCAGUUUUGUGUGUGACGACCUCAGCAGUGCUGGAGGUGAGUGGCCAUGUUGGAGGAGUGGUCUCCAUCCUCUGCCCGGUAAGCCAGACCAAGGACAACAACUCCCAACACAGCAACAUGUACCUCUGUAAAGGAGUCUGCUCCAGAGAAAACAUUCUCAUUCAGACUGAGAACAAGAGGUCGGCCGUGACAUGGCAAGGGAGAUACAACAUUGAGGUCAACAGAGGAGAUGGAGUCUUCAAUGUGACCAUAAAGAAGCUGAAGAGGUCAGAUGAGGGGAGAUAUUGCUGUGGCAUGGAGAAACCCUUUAAUGUGUUGUACCAGGAGGUCAAUCUCAUAGUCCUAGACGCUUCGACUGUUUCCCCUGGAUCUCCUCCCUCCGUCACAACCCUGCACACCGAAGGAGAAGCUCUGCCCCAAAGCAGCUUGCAAUCCAGCACUGAUUCAUCACCAGCAGCAUUAACGCUUCCCACUACAGGGAGGAAAAACCAGCGUGCGACAGUCAACCUCACAGACACCACAGUGGUCAUCAUCGUUUCGGUGAGCCUGGCUCUUCUGGUUUGUGCACUUAUCCCUCUUGUUUUCUACGGACACUGGAGGAGUAAUGCUGAAGGUCAGAGAAGACCUGAAGCAAACAAGGGUGAGGCUGAUUACUGUGAGGAAAAUGCAGAUGGUGCCUCCACUCAGCACACAGUGAGGCUGCAGUCUUUGGAGCCAGAUCCAGAGUCAAGUACUCAGGAUGCCUCCCAGUACGCUGCUGUCUACCAGGCACUUGAUCCCAAAGCUCUGGACUGAGCAGAGUUCACUGUUUCUGAGCUGACACCUCCUCACUAUUUUCUCUGGAUUUUAAAUCAAAUAAACUACAAAUAUUUGAAUAUA